ACUGCUCAAUCAAUAAUGAUCACUUCACCACCUCACAUUAAGGGAUCAUUUAUUAACUGCAAACCAGUUACAUAGUAUUUCUAAUUCUGCAUUAACAAUUUUAACAAGAUCACCAAGAUUAUGAUGGGAGCAGAGAAUGGUGAAACAAAAUGAAUUUGAACAUGUCUGAGGUGUUGAUAAUGUCAUUAAUAUAAAUCAGAAACAGUUUUGGACCUAAGAUUGACCCUUGAGGGACUCCACAUGUUAUAGGAAGAUUGUUUGAUUUUGCCUCGUCUAUAUCCACAUAUUGUAGCCUAUUUAUCAGAUAACUCUUGACCCAUUCUUUGGCUUGACCCCUUAUGCCAUAAUGUUCUAAUGUGUGUAGCAGUAUGGUUCACAGUAUCAAAAGCCUUUUUAAGGUCAAUGAAUAUACCAGCUGUAAUCAUUUUUUUUCUCAAUGUUGUUGGUAAUUUCUUCAACCAAAAUUGUGGUAGUAAAGAAAUGGGUCUAUAAUUAUUAAAACUUGAUUUAUCACCAGAUUUCGCGAUUUUGAUUUCAUUGGGAAAAAUACCUUGUUGGAACGAUUUAUUGCAAAUAUUUACUAGGGGGGCUACAAUGUUUUGGUGCAACUUGUUUAACAAUAUUCAGACUAAGUCCUAAAUAAUCUUUGGACGUUUACUGUGUCGAGUAUUAACAAUAUCAAGCAGUUCAUUUUCUGUAAUUGGGUUCAGGAACAUACUCUGUUGGUUGCAAUUUUUCAGAAAAUCAUCCACUUUAGAUGAAGCUGGGCUGAUGUCACUCGCCAGGUUGGAGCCAAUUUCAGUUAUUUUCCGCAAAUUGUGAAUAUUGGCAGGAGACAUCAGUGAUGAGGGCCCCAUGUUCCGUUUCAAGGACACAAACCUAAGAGACCACCAGGUGAAAAGAGGAAGAUCUGGGAGCAAAUUAUGGCGGGAGCUGAGAAGGCGAUCAUGUCAGGACUUGACGUCACAACUAAACGUGAAUUUGCACGUCUUGCAGAAUUCCUCAAAAGUAAAAGCAAGAGGAUCAACUCUGAAUCUCCCUCAGUUUACAAACUGCCUCUGACAGAAGAAGAUCUGAACAUCGAUAGAUGCCGGAGGUACAACUUUGGCAAAGAAAGCAUGAGGCAAAAUCUCACAAUAAUACUUCUCGGAGCAACUGGAUCUGGAAAGUCCACUCUGAUCAAUGGACUCAUCAACUACAUCGUUGGUGUAGAGUGGAAGGACGAUUUCAGAUUCAAGUUAGUUGUCGAGGAUCAGUCGAGAUCUCAAGCUGAGAGCCAGACCUCUGAAGUCACUGUGUACAAAAUCAACCACCAAGAGGGCUUUAAAAUCCCUUUCUCUCUGACCAUUGUUGAUACUCCAGGCUUUGGAGGUACGAGAGGAAUAGAAAGAGACAAGGAGAUCACAGAACAAAUCAGGAGGCUUUUCACUUCUGCGAAUGGAGUCAGUGAGAUUGAUGCGGUGUGUUUUGUCACCCAGGCCUCUCUUGCCCGACUAACAGCCACACAACGAUAUGUGUUUGACUCUGUGCUCUCCAUCUUUGGCAAAGACGUGGCAGAGAAUAUCCAGAUGCUGGUCACCUUUGCAGAUGGCAAGCAGCCACCUGUUCUUGAGACAAUAAAGAAGUCUGGGAUUCCAUGUCCAAAAGAUUACCUAGGUCUUCCAGUUCACUUCACAUUCAACAACUCAGCGUUGUUUGCAGACAACAGAAGCAGCAGUGAUCGGGCCUGUGAGGAGAAUUCUGAUGAGGAAGAUGAGGAUUGAUGAUGACUUUGACGAAAUGUUUUGGAAGAUGGGCAUCAAAAGUAUGGAGAAGUUCUUCAAUGCUUUGGCUAAAAUGACAACCAAAAGCUUGCGCAUGACCCAAGGGUUCUAAGAGAACAGAGGCCGCAACCGCAAGUUAAAGCUAGAUUAGCAAAAACUUGAACACAAACAAAAAAAUGAAAAGCAAGAUCAUCUCAAAAGUAGCCAAACAGCCAAAUCGCUCACAAACAGAGGAGAACCGGCCCCAAGAAGAUAAAAAUAAAGCAAAUAAAAUGUGUGCAAUACUGUGAGGUUGUUGAAAAACGUGUUGGCUGGAUGUAAAAUGGGUUAAAAGUUGAGCUGUGGUAUGACCCAUUAGUACAUUACAAUCGAUGUGCACAUUUUGUGUUGUUAUGAUCCUAACAAUGGUAAAGUGCAUUUUGCCCAGCUUUAGUUUUUGCACCAAUAACUGCAUUAUGGAAAACUGCUUCUUAUCGGACACACACAGUCAUUGGUUGACCUCUGUCCGCUCGAGUAUAUGCCUAUAACGGUUACCACUCACUUUUGUUCUCUUGUUUUUAUUAAUCAAUUAUUAAGAUGUUUCAAUGUAUAAUACAUUUUGAUUAUAUGCCAAACAUUUAUGUUUCAAGGUUUUGGACUUCCACAGUUAUGUAACUUGUCUUGAAGAUGUUUGCGGCAACACAAAUGCUGUCUUGAUUAUUAAAUUGAAGGUUUUAUUUGUCUUCAGUUAAAGUUCCUGUUCUUCCUGAUCAAAGGACAGACGUUGCAGCUUCAUGCAGUUUGUGGAGAUUCAACUUGUUGAUCUUAAUGUGAUGCAUUUACUGUAUUUCUCUUCUUUCUUUGCUUAUUGUUGAACAUAUAAUACAAAAAGACAGUAAAUAAUUGAAUAUAAAUGUGACCUAAAGUCUAACAACAGUCAGCAGUGCUUGAUUACUAAAUGUAAUGUGAUUGAGGUGUGAUAAUAAAAGAUGUUGUUGGAUAA